GUCGCCCCGCAGCCCCGGUUCCUGGAGUUCCGCCGACGAGCAGUUCCCGGGGUUGGGUUCCCUUGCAGGUGCCGCAGAUUGCGGGAGCCGUUAUCUCCGGCUGCGUGGUGGGGCUGGGCGAGCAAGGCGAGGGGCAGCCUGACCUGGUGCGGCUCUCGAACUCUCUCCACCGCUACCCUGCAUCCUUCCUAGAGGCGGUUCCGGGAAGGGGGCCCGGCCGCCGCCGCCGCCCGGGCGCUCCGCGGUCCAGCGCCGCACCGACUUCUCGCGAGGUUUCAGCUCCGCCCCGCCGGCCCCCUCCCCUCAGCUCGGCCGCAGCUCCCGCUAUGGCUGCGCUGCGGAGGCUCCUGUGGCCGCCACCCCGGCUGCCGCCGACGCUCGCCCCUCAGCAGCCCUUCCUCUCGCCGUGGGGGCGGCCUGCGGGGACGGCUCCGGGGCUGUCGGGUCGGCCCUUUUCCUGCCGGGAGGAGGACGAGGGGGACGUGGCUGAGGCGGCGUGGCGGCGGCGGCGCUGGAGUGAGCUGAGCAUCGCGGCGGCCGCGGGCGGGGGCUUAGUCGGCCUCGUGUGCUACCAGCUGUACGGGGACCCCAGAGGUAACCCCUCGGAACUAGCGGCCCCAGAGCUUGAGGACCCGCCUUGCGGCCGGGGGCUGCUGCCCAUCCCCGUGGCUGCUGCCAAGGAGAAGGUCGCUACUGGCAGAGCUAUCACUGAAGACUUGGACCUCUAUGCUACAUCUCGAGAGAGACGAUUUCGUUUAUUUGCAUCUAUAGAAUGUGAAGGACAGUUAUUCAUGACUCCAUAUGAUUUUAUUUUGGCUGUUACAACAGAUGAACCCAAAUUUGCUAAAACGUGGAAGUCACUUUCUAAACAGGAAUUAAGUCAGAUGCUCUCAGAAACUCCACCUGUUUGGAAGGGAUCAUCAAAGCUCUUUCGAAAUCUUAAAGAAAGAGGUGUGAUUUCUUAUACAGAAUAUCUUUUUCUUCUAUGUAUUUUAACAAAGCCUCAUGCAGGUUUUAGAAUAGCUUUCAACAUGUUUGACACUGAUGGAAAUGAGAUGGUGGAUAAAAAAGAAUUUUUGGUGCUUCAGGAGAUAUUCAGGAAAAAAAAUGAAAAAAGAGAAACUAAAGGAGAUGAAGAAAAACGUGCAUUGCUGCGUCUUCAACUUUAUGGAUACCAUUCUCCUACUAAUAGUGUACUUAAAACAGAUGCUGAGGAACUUGUCUCCAGAAGCUACUGGGACACCCUGAGACGUAACACAAGCCAAGCGCUCUUUUCAGACCUCGCAGAGCGUGCUGAUGACAUCACAAGCUUAGUAGCAGAUACUACACUUCUGGUACACUUUUUUGGAAAGAAAGGAAAAGCUGAACUCAACUUUGAAGAUUUUUAUAGAUUUAUGGAUAACCUACAAACAGAAGUUCUAGAAAUAGAAUUUCUUUCCUACUCUAAUGGUAUGAACACUAUCAGUGAAGAAGAUUUUGCCCAUAUUCUUCUACGGUAUACUAAUGUGGAAAAUACAUCAGUAUUUUUGGAAAAUGUGCGCUACAGUAUACCUGAAGAAAAGGGCAUCACAUUUGAUGAAUUCAGGUCAUUUUUCCAGUUUCUAAACAACUUAGAAGACUUUGCAAUAGCUCUCAAUAUGUAUAACUUUGCAAGCCGUUCUAUAGGACAAGAUGAAUUUAAACGUGCAGUAUAUGUAGCCACUGGACUGAAACUUUCACCACAUUUGGUGAACACGGUCUUCAAGAUUUUUGACGUUGACAAAGAUGACCAAUUAAGUUAUAAGGAAUUUAUUGGGAUUAUGAAAGACAGACUCCAUAGAGGAUUCCGGGGAUAUAAAACAGUCCAGAAGUAUCCGACCUUCAAAUCUUGCCUGAAAAAGGAACUUCACAGCAGAUAAAUUCUCCUAAAACAGUGAUUGAAGGAUCGUGAUCCGUGUGACAAGGCAAGAAGCAAGUUUCUGAGAGUGGAUCCAAGUGUGAGGUCAGCACAUGCAGAAAAUGAAGAGAAAGGUGAAAUUUACAUUUCUUUUUCCUUGAACUGAGUUUGUCAGUAUAAGUCGGAGGAAAACUGCAUCUUGUAAUUACAAACCUUAGCCUACCAAGAGAAAACUUACUGUGGACGCUAAAUACAAUCAGCAGAGCUUUCGUCUUGAUUGUCGGUCGGAACUUUUUCAUUCCCUUCACAAGUACAUGGGUAGUCCCAAUGACUAUCUGAGAAUUAUUUAGAUUGUUUAUUUAUUUAUUAGAAAUGUUCUUUAUUUCAAAAUAAUUUAUGAAUGAUAGAAUAUAGAUGACCUAAAGAUGGAAACACAUUUUCUGGUUUUGACUGUGAACUUAUUUUCAGACAAUGAAUACUCCUUCCAUUUGUCUUAGGGCCUUAGAAUUGUUAGUAAGUCCCUGUUAUUUAACUUGUAUUUAAUUAAUUAUACUGUAGUAAUUUCAAAAAACAAGUGAAAAUUUACUAAGUAAUAUGAUGGUUUACAUUGUACUUUCAACUUUUAAAAGUACUUAUGUAAUAUACAUUGUUGGAUUUGUGUACAUUUUUGUUUGUUUUUGCUGUUCUUUGUGUGUGUGUUAGACUUUUUUUUUUUUUUUUUGGUACCAAAGCCAAGAGUAUUUCAGGUAUUUUGUUUAAAAAAAAAAUUAGUUGUUUUUUUUUUGUUUUGUUUUGUUUUUGUUUUUGUUUUAGCAGCAAACACAGCAAUCUUGUGCUAAUGUUAAAAGCAAGGGCAGUGGCAGUAGUGAUCACCAACAUGUGGAACCGUGGUGCUACUCCUACUUGCAAGUGGAUUGUAUGGAAAUAAUAUUAGUAACAUAUUAGAUAUUGAUAAUAAUAUGUCUAUUGCAUCAAAACUAAUAUAAAUGGCUUAGACAUUUGAUGUAUAUUCAAUAGGUAGAAGAUAAUGUUUUGUUUCUUGCAAAAGGACCACAUGGAGAAUCUACCCAAACAGCCAGUAGUGAUGAAUCAUUUACAUAUAAUCCCUUAUAUCGAAACAAUAUGUCUUAAAAGUGGAAAAUAAAACUUUCUAUUGGAAGAAAACAAAAUGACUUGAGAGACUAGCCAGAAGGGUCACAGCUCAAGGCCUGCCUGGGCUAUAAAGUAAGCUCAAGACACCUCAGCAAUGUAGAACCCUGCCAAAAAUAAAACUGCUGGGGAAAUAGUUAGCUUAACAGCAGAGUGCUUGCCUAUCAAGUGUGAGGCUGUAGGUUUAAUUCUCAACACUGAAAGAAAAAAAAAAGAAAGAAAAUGAGAAAAGAAGGAAAGAAAGAGAAAGAAAGAAAGAAUCCUAGAUUUUUACAUUGAAAGAGAAUUUUAGAAUACUUAAUAGAAUUUUGGCUAUCUGGUAAAAUUGAUUUCUACAAGGGUACAAUAUAAUAAUACAGUGAGUUUUAAUUAAUAUAUUUAUAUAUUGCAUGUUAAAAGAUUAAUAUAUUCACUUAUCUUCUUUUGUAAGACAUAUUUAAUAUUGCAUACACUCCAUCCAUUAUUUUGCUUUUGCAUAUGAAAAUAGGAAACACUGUCUUUGUUUUUGUAAGUUAUUGAAUGCGAAUUUGAUAUGCAUCAGCUUAUUUAUAAAAGGAAUGUUAUUUUGGUGUUAUUUGUAUUGAUUAUGUCUUUUUUAGACUUCUCCAUAUCUUUCUGUGAUAUUAUUUAUUGCACCAAUAGAGAAAUAUAAAUCUGCAAAUGUAAUAGAGUCUUACUACUACAUAUAUAAUUUCACUUGCUUUGAAACUUUAGUCAUUUGAUGACUAAAUAGAGAUGCCUACUUACUCAUUUAUCAUGUCUCAGACCUAGAUUGGUUGCAGUAAUAUGUGGUAUAUAAAAUAAUUGAAAAAUACAAAUUAAUCUUUGGCUGUAAGUUAUACUAUCAUACAUACAUAUGGAUUAAAAAUUAAAUAACCUAUUUAAAGAUCUUUUAUAAGCUUGUCAUCAACCUAGGACAUAACACCAUAAUAUAUGCAGUCACUAUUCUUUAUUGUUUUAUUUUAAAUGGGCUUGUUUAUUAGGUGGCAAGAUAAUAUAAAAAUGAAGAUGAAUAAAAUAUUCUGAUCAAUUAAUAUGGUAUGAGAAUAGUAUCACUCAAACUUUUUGUCUAUAAGAUGGAGGUAGAAAUACCUCACUGGGGUGUAGCUUAAAUCAAUUCAAAUACUUUUGAAUGUUUUGCAAAUAAUGUAUUAAAUACGCAUAUGUUAGCUUCAGAUUUUCCUUCUGCAAAUUACAAUUUUCUUAAACAUUAAACUCUACAUAAAAUUUUAGUAUUGUACUUCUUGAAGAAGGCCUACAUGAUAAAUGGUAGUUGGUACUUCUCAGAAUAGUUUAUAAUAAUUGUUUUAGCUUAAUUUGUUACUAUAAAUCUUAAUUGUAAAGCUACAUGUCUUACAUUGUUAUAUUAUCUUAAAAUAAAUGUACCUCCUUUGAACCAAGAAACACUGCAGUUUGUUAGUAUGCAUAUCAGUGAACUAAUUUUCUUUCUGAAUAUAUCACUUUCUAACUUGGGAAAUCUUUAUGGGUUACCAUUAAUUUUAAAUCCACUUCCAUAGCAAUACACAGCAUCAAAUUUUAACUUAUGAAUACCUCUGUAGACAAGUAAAUUGCAGAAUCAUGGAGCCUCCCCAGAGCCUUUCAGAGAACUCCUUGUUUUAAAGAACUAUGGCUGUUAUCUAGAAAAUUUGCAUGUGACUUAAUAGAGUGUCUAUUUUGUCUCACUGAACUAAUCACUUAAAUGGCUUAAAAUGAAGCCAGAACUACAGUAGCCCAUGUUCCGAGUGUUGUUACUUUAUAGAUGUCAUCUUGCUAAAAGAACACCCAGAAGUUAUAUUUUAAAAGUGUAUUAGUUAUCUUUCUGCUCUAUUUAGGUUUGGUUUUAGUUUCAUUAGAUGGUCUCUACUUUGUAGCCAAGGAUGGACUCAUUCCUUA